AUGCCGCCGUUCGAGUUUCGAGGAAACGGUCCUCCCAGGAGGGGGCCCUCUCGAGAUCAACGACGCAGGGAGUUUACAUUUCGGUAUCCAAAGCCAAAGACUUCUGAACGGCCUUUGCUGCAGGGCCAAAGAGAAGGGACGCCUGAGCUGUUGACAACCGAAUCGACCGACAAACCUGCUCCCAAGUUCGCGUCACUUGCGGACCUGAGUGACAGUGAGGAGGCAGAGAUGGACCUCUCGGAGGAGUCGGAAGACGAGGAUUCACGUCCCCGUAAACGACGCGUCAUCGCAAGUGAGAGCAAAGAAUCUACACCUCCGCCUCUCCCUCCAGCCCCGAAAUGGUCGAAUCCCGAUCCCUACACUUCUCUUCCUCCUCCCGAUGAGAGUCAACACAAGCGCGUGGACGUUGUCAAAUUGAUUCGCAAAGCCAAACUUCAGAAUAGCUUGGGUGAUGCCAAGCUAAAAGAUGCUGUCACGGAUAACGACGAUUUCAUUUCUCUCGGUCCGACCGCCGAGAUUCCACUUGAGAAUCAGGCUCCAGAGAAUGCGCCAAGGGGUCCAAAGAGCAUGGAAAACCAGCCGCCCGCGAUGCCAUCGUUGAAGCGAACUCGUGAUGACGAGAGCAAAGGCAUUUCUUUCAAGACUGGAAAACCCAAGGCUCGCUUCAUGGAUGAUGGGUCCAUCCUCUACCAGUGGAAGGCCUUCCCUGGCCAGAACGACACUCCGUGGAUGGCCAAGAGCUAUCCCAUGCACGCAAGUCAAAAACUGCACUGUGAAGUUCUUGAUUUCUUCAACUGGGUCAAGCCCCACGAUUACGAGCAGAUUGUCCGUGAGGAUCUCAUUGGCCGCCUUGAUCAAGCGUUCAAGCGGAGAUACGGGAACGUUGCGGUCAAGCCAUUUGGCUCAUUUGCAUCCGGAAUGUAUUUGCCCACCGCAGAUAUCGACCUUGUUCUUCUGUCCAAGGUGUUCAUGUCGGGUGGUAGGAAACAGUUUGGCGAGAGAAAGGGUCAGAUCUAUGCAUUUUCUGCGUAUCUGAAGAGCUUGGAAAUUGCAGUUCCUGGGUCCAUUGAAACUAUUGCUCAUGCCAGAGUACCGAUUCUUAAGUUCAUUGACAAAUUGACUGGUCUUCGUGUGGACCUGUCUUUCGACAAUGACAGCGGUAUCAUUGCGAACCAGACCUUCCAAGAGUGGAAGCAACAAUACCCCCUCAUGCCUAUCAUCGUGUCCGUUAUCAAGCAGUUCCUGCUCCUGCGUGGCCUCAACGAGGUACCAACUGGCGGUCUAGGUGGAUUUUCCAUCACAUGUCUGGUGACAAGUCUUCUUCAGCACAUGCCCUCCAGCAAGCAAGGAAACAUUGGUGUGGUCUUGAUGGACUUCUUUGAUUUCUACGGAUUUUUGAUGGACUACGAACGGGUUGGUCUUCGGAUGGAACCACCCGGAUAUUAUCACAAGGCUUUUGGCGAUAAUGAUCGUUUGUCAAUCAUCGACCCCAACAACUCCUCGAAUGAUAUCUCGGGUGGUACCAAGGAGAUACGGUUGAUCUUUAGAGCCUUCCGUGAUGCAUAUGAUAGCCUGAGUCGACGGAUCCACGAGGUCGCGCAGUCCAAUGAGCCCAAGAGCAUUCUUCAGUCCAUCAUCGCGGCGAACUACGACGAGUACACCGAGCAGCGCUUCCAACUCCGCUACGUGUAUGACAAUUCUGAGCAGUUCGCCCAGUACCGAAGCCCUCCCGCCGAAAGACCUGCUGGGAGGUCCGGUGACAGACCUCAUCUCACGCCUCACGCCCCUCGCCGUAAGUAG